AUGCCAGGGCGCAGUCAAACUCGCAGUCAAAAGCGAGGCAUUACUUCUCGCAACAACGAAGAAUCUCAGAAUCUCCCUCCCUCAAAGCGAUAUAAAGUAGAUCCCCCUCCAGCACCCGAAGUUGGCGCCAAAACGAGCUCAAGGAAAAAAAAGCCAACAGAGAGGCGUAACUAUCAGGAAACGAAAGCAACAGAGGAUCAGCUAAGGAAACUACAGUUAGAAGUCGCUCGGCUGAAGAAGAAGAAUGGUCGGCAAGAUAUCAUUAUUGACACACAAAGGCGUGAACGAGACCGAUACUACGAUGCCUACUACGAGGCAAAUGGUCAUUCUCCAUGUGAUGCGCAGUGUUGA